AUGUCUAACGACGCGAUUUCUCGCCUCAACCAAUACCUCAACAAAAUUGGCAAGGCGGCAUCUCUCAGCUGGCAAGAGUGUAAUUAUGGACCACCACACGACUCAAAAUGGACCUGCGUUUGCAAGAUCGAUGGAGAACCACGAGGCGAAGGGACCUCGACCCAUAAACACACCGCCAAAAACAUUGCCGCCGAACAAGCUCUGCACUAUCUUAUCGACGGACGAGGCCAGGGCGUCUGA